UGGUUAGUAUGGUCUAGAACUCGCUAUAGAGCAAGUCAUAAUUGAUCGUGUCUAAAUAAUAGUAGUGUACAAGUAUAAUUAAUUUAAAGAAAAAGAUAUGUUUAUCAAAAACUUUAAACUAUUUGCACUUUAUGUAUUGUGCUUGAAUAUUUAUGCCCAAGCACGUACCUUAAAUGUCUCUCAGAUAGGGGAUGUUAAUAUUGCUCGAUCGGGGGACAACUGGAUAUGCGAUAGAAUCGAAUGUCCCAUGAGUGCUUUUCGUUGCUUCGUUUCGAAAUCAAAUGAAGGGAAUCCCUCUGUUUUAACACGUGUCAAUGCUUGCUUUACCAAGGACAAUCGUUUAGUUGCUCACGAAGAAUUUUACUCUCACGCUGAUCCUAGAUCCCGUAUUCGAGUUCAAGUUACUUCCACACGUAAUGGCAAUAUAAUAUCACAUUCCAAUGGCUUGGAAAAUUUCAAUGAAGAAAAAGUGAAUGCUCAUAUUCAAAGUGAAAUGAAUAAAAUGCAGGCUAAAGUAAAUGCCCAAAUGGAACAUUUACAUGAUAAUCUACAUAGUAUGAAUGAAAAAAUUAAUUCGAAUAUUCUAAAUCAAAUGCAAGAUUUCCAACAUUAUAUAGAUUGAUUAUUUAGCAAAAUGAUGCAAAUUCAUUACUAAAAACCGAAUGCUUUGUGCGUUUUUAGUUCAAAAUUUAUAUUAAAAAUUAUUUCACAAUUGUACACAAAUAAAAUUUAUUGUUUAAACCAUUA